ACGUUAUAUGGAAACAGUAAAUAGACCGAUGUUACGGCCUCUGGCCGAGCAAAGACGACAACGCUACCUAACAGAGGUGAGUUGUAUUUGAACUUACACAUCUGAGUUGGGAGAUUUACCGCCCUUUGGGUUCAACACAUACCUCAUUACCCAUACACCGACAUUUUAGGUUAUUUUCUCUCUCUGUCAUUCUCAUUGUUUACUUCAUUUCAAAUCAUACAUAGCCGUCAAAUCAUACAUAGCCGUCAUCGGAGGAGUUGACUAAGGCUGUUUAAACCCCGCGGAGCUGCAUACUCGUACAUGCAUUUUCAUAUUCUUGCGCCCUCAAUCUCCUCCAGGUUGAGUUGUCGUGUGCCAUCAUGAAUCGUCUCCAAGUCGACAGCCACCGCUUACGCGAAACUGCUCAUUGGCUUUACCAUGAGUCUGGGCUUCGCUCCGUCAAUAUCACCGGCCGUGAUGCAUGGUUGAUCAUCCUGGCACGAACAUGUCGCAUGUUUGCCUUUGGAGGAACGUCGCUCAUCAUGGCGCUCUUCUUCACUACCCUGGGCUUUAGUGAUCCUCAGCUCGGACUCUUUAUGUCAAUGACGCUGGCCGGAGAUACUGUACUCUCCUUCCUGCUCACCUUUAUGGCGGACAGCCUGGGUAGACGUCGCGUUUUCUUUGGUUCCGGCCUGCUAAUGUCAAUAUCCGGGCUGGUGUUUCUCUAUUUUGAGAAUUUCUGGAUCUUGCUGCUGGCCGCCGUCAUUGGUGUGAUAUCUGCCAGUGGAGGCGACUUUGGGCCAUUCCGAGCCAUCGAAGAAUCCGUGCUAUCUCAUCUGACGAAUCCGCAGACGCGCUCGGAUGUGCUAUCGUGGUAUGUUGUGACAUCGAAUCUGGGAUCUGCUGUUGGUAUUGAAGUGGCCGGUCGAGUCAUUGAAGAGUUAAAAAGGCGCGACGGUUGGAGUGAGAUACGCAUAUAUCAUGCUGUCUUUGGGGCGUAUAUCAUUAUGGGGGUCGCCAACAUGGUAUUUUCCUGCCUUAUGACCGACCACUGCGAAAUCACCGAACCGGUGCUGUCAAUAGACGAGGGGGCGCAAGUUACACAGGGACUUCUCAGCAACUCGGAUGAAGAGGCAGAAGACGAGAUUGUGCCACCCACCACGGAGUCACCGGUGGAGCAGAAGAAAAGCCGGUUUGCAGAGAUAUCGUCGAAAACGCGGUCCGUCAUGUACAAGCUUUGGUUUCUUCUCACCGUCGACUGCUUGGCGGAUGGCAUGGUUUCGUACACGCUGACCAAUUACUAUCUCGAUCGCAAAUUUCAUCUGCCCAAGUCGCAACUUGGUGACUUAAUGUCUACAAACUACAUCCUUGGUAGCAUAUCUACUGUCUUUGCCGGUCCUCUAUCGCGCCACUUGGGACUCGUCAACACAAUGGUCUUCACCCACUUGCCGUCUUCGAUGGCUGUGCUCCUCUUUCCAGUGCCACAAGGAAUUGUCCUCACAGUGAUACUUUUAUUCAUUCGGGGUGGUCUAAAUAAUAUGGAUCAAGCUCCGCGGGUAGCCCUCAUCGCCGCAACGGUGAAGCCCGGGGAGCGAACAGCCGUCAUGGGAAUCACGAGCACAUUAAGAACGUUGGCCUCUCUCUUGGGACCGAGUAUAACGGGUGCUCUUGCAGAUUCAGACAAAUUCUGGGUGGCAUUCGUUGCAGCCGGUGCGCUCCGCGUAGCCUAUGACCUGGGGCUGUGGGCUAUGUUUAUCAAUGUGAAGCUGCAUGAGCAUGAGGAGAGUGACCAAGACACGAGCAAGGCAAGGCGGGUAGCCGAUGAAGAGGAGUCGACGGAUUGAUCAACGGGAACAGGAAUACAAAAGCGUAUAAAGACAUUGGUGAUUGUGCUUCCCUAACGCAUCCUUUCACCCCCAAACGGAAUAUUGAGCCGAUUGCUUAACUGAUAUACUGUGUAAGAGGUUUGGCUCGUGUAGAAUCUAGCCAAGGUCCUUGUGCAUGCGCAUGACGAAGUGCGCCACGACGGGGACGUGAGGGUCAAUUUUGCCAAUUCUUGUAGAUAAAAUAAAGAGGAGCCGCUCACUGGAACCAAUCUUCAAAUAUUUCAACUUAUUAUGAUUUCAGCUUAAUUGAGUCAAUCUGGUAAAUACCUACGUUGCGCAGGGUUAUUAUACUGCUCUUGAUACAC